CUUCAUCCAUACAACAGUGAACACCCAAAUCCUUUUAGAAAUUGCUUCAAACGUUAUCCACCCUCCUAACUAGAGGAAUUCUCUCUCUCCUCCAUUGUUGAACACCUCAAGCUUUCUCCAUUACAACCAUUACUCAUCAAUGGCGACCUCAGUAUCAUUUCUCACUUCAUCUUUCGCUUCACUCUCAUUCACUUCUAACCUCACUCCUAAAUCCCAAACCUUACCAAUUGCGCGCGCAAAACCCCUCUCAUUGACCCGCCCUUCGACCGUCAAACCCCUCGUUAUUACCGCAACAGCCGCCACUGCGCCGGUGGAAGCGGCGGAAACUGCCGACCUUGAGAAAUUCGUGAAGUCGCGUCUUCCAGGCGGGUUUGCUGCGCAGACUGUUAUUGGUACGGGAAGACGAAAGUGCGCCAUUGCUAGGGUUGUUCUUCAAGAAGGAACUGGAAAGUUCAUUAUUAAUUACCGUGAUGCUAAGGAAUAUCUUCAAGGAAACCCACUUUGGCUCCAAUAUGUGAAAACGCCGUUGGCUACUUUGGGUUACGAAACAAACUAUGAUGUCUUUGUCAAAGCUCAUGGUGGUGGGCUUUCCGGUCAAGCACAGGCCAUAUCCCUUGGUGUUGCCAGGGCAUUGCUGAAGGUCAGUGCUAGUCAUAGAGCUCCUCUCAAGCAAGAAGGCCUAUUGACUAGAGAUUCCAGGGUAGUGGAGAGGAAGAAACCUGGUCUCAAGAAGGCUCGCAAAGCUCCUCAAUUUUCAAAACGUUAAGGUAGAAAUAGUGAUUUGAUCCAUAUUUUCUGCAAGUGAAUCCUCUGAAUCUUUUACCUUGAUAUAUUAACUUUUCAUGGGUUCUUGUGUAAUUCUUACAUAAGGCCUAUUAAAUUUUGAUGAACGUAUGUAAGCAUUAUGGUUUCAGAACAAGAGUAUCCAAUUAUCAUUUUGUGAAAUAAAUAGAUUAAAUGGCUUCACUUUUAAGUCUUACUGCCGUUGGGUUUAAUUGUUUUUCUGGGACUUAAUUUCUGGCACUACUUCACAGCUGAUCAUGAACAGCAUAUGUGUCCCAUAUCUUUGUAAUUAGAGGUUACGAGUACUAAAAAUAUUUCGGCUGGGUAUACUUUUAUUUGAUUUAUUAAGCAUACCCAAUUAGAGUUA